UGUGAUAUCGAAUUCAGUCUUAAAACAACAUUCGUACAACUUAUACGCCCUCACAUGCGUAAUAAUAUUUGAUAAAAAUAAUUAAUUAAUUGUAUUUGAAAAAAUGAACGGUAUAAUAUUUUGUGUGCUGGCUGCUGCGUGUUUUUGUAAUGUGUUCGCUGAUAUAUGUAGACCCACCGAGAGAAUACCAGACCCAAGAUCCAGUUGCUGCGGUCUUCAUCUGGCCACGUCGCACAUAAAAGACAAGGGAGACGCCGCGUUGAAUCAGUUCCCGUGGCUCGCGCUCAUAGAAGAUUCCAAGGGCAGAAUCACGUGCACCGGAGCUCUCAUCACUUCGAGAUACGUACUCACAGCCGCGCAGUGCGGGAUACAGGGAGAACCAAUAAGCGUACGCUUCGGUGAAUACAACAAAACAAACACCGAGCUGGACUGUCUGAUGGUGAACGGCGCGAUGAAGUGCGCGGACCGUGUCAUCACCAUACCGAUAGAAUCGAUGAAGCCUCACCCCGAGUUCACCAGGCAGAACCUGAGGGUGCACGAUAUUGCUUUGAUCAGACUGAGGAAAGCGGUUCCAUAUACUGAGUACAUCAGGCCAAUCUGCCUGCCCACUUCCGACAUGAACCUCUCGCCGCCCAAGAAUCUCAGCUUCAUCGUCGCCGGCUGGGGCAGCAAACCCUCCAGCUUACAAGAAGAUGAUGUUGUCAAACAUUUCGUGGAAGUCCCUUAUAAAUCAUUAGAGCAAUGCAAGGCCGCCUACGAGAAAUACAACCCCGGCCACUUCGCGAUCAGCGACCACCAGAUCUGCGCGGGCGGCGAGCAGGAUCGCGACUCCUGCCGGGGCGACGGCGGCGGGCCCCUCAUGCACGAGCGAGACGGAAAGCACACGGCCGUCGGCAUCGUCAGCUUCGGGCCGAAACAGUGCGGCACCACCGGCAUACCCAGCGUGUACACCAACGUCUACAAGUACCUGCCGUGGAUAAGGAGCACCAUCCGACCGUAUUAGACCGGUGGUGGUGUGGUAGUGAUAAGUUCUCGUCUGUACGUAGCUCUUAAUUUAGGUAAAUGAUAUUUUUUAUAAUAAAGCACUGAUAUGAUU